AAAAUUUUCUUCUUGCAUUCCCUUCCCCUGUUCUUCUAUCCCUCCUCGCAUUUGCGAUUCACCUGAAGAUCAUGACAUCCAUCAAGUCCUUAUUAGCCGAAUCCCCUUACCUCACUUCUAUUCCCGCCUCUUAUAUUUUCAGAAACAAUAAUAUUGAUCCCAAUGAUUCAGCACUUCUUACAGAGCCAGAACUCAAAAUCCCCAUCAUUGAUUUCUCACUCCUCACCUCUGGUGAUCCUAAUCAACGGUCCAAAGUUAUCUCUGAACUCGGAGAAGCCUGCGAAAACUGGGGUUUCUUCAUGGUGAUCAAUCAUAGUGUUCCAGAAAGACUGAUUGAUGCAGUAAUCGACGGCUGCAAGGGAUUUUUCGAUCUCGCCGAGGAAGAGAAGUUGGAGUUUAAAGGAAAGCAUGUUUUGGACCCGAUUAGAUAUGGUACAAGCUUCAAUGCUUCAGUAGAUAAAGUGUUUUAUUGGAGGGAUUUUCUCAAGGUUUUUGUUCAUCCACAGUUUCACUUCCCCAAUAAACCAUCUGGGUUCAGUGAGCUUGCAUUAGAGUUCUGCAAAAAGAUCCGCCAAGUGGUCAAAGGAAUACUUGGAGGCAUUUCAGAGGGUUUAGGAUUGGAAAGAGAUUAUAUCUACAAGUCCCUGAAUCUCGAAUCGGGCUUGCAAGUCUUCGCAGCAAACCUAUAUCCUCCCUGCCCACAGCCAGAGCUUGCAAUGGGAAUGCCUCCUCAUUCAGACCAUGGCGUCUUGACUCUUCUCAUCCAAAAUGGAAUUUGCGGCCUUCAAAUACAACACAAUGGGAAGUGGGUCAAUGUCAAUGCCAUUCCCAACUCCUUCUUGGUCAACACUUGCGAUCAACUUGAGAUUUUUAGUAAUGGGAAGUACAAGAGUGUCGUUCAUCGAGCUGUUGUGAACAACAAUGCCACAAGAAUAUCUCUAGCGAUUGCAAAUGGACCAUCUCUUGACACGGUUGUUAGCCCAGCAUCAGAGUUGGUUGAAAACCGUCCUCCGGCAUACAUUGGAUUGAAGUAUAAGGAAUACUUGGAACUUCAGCAAAGCCGGAACCUUAAUGGCAAAUGCAUGCUAGAUUGCGUACGACUACUGUGAAAUAUUGCACACACAAGUAAUAUACAUACAUACCUACCUAUGUACGUACGUACGUACAUAUAUAUAUAUAUAUAUAUGUAUAUAAAGAGAGAGAGUUUGUAACUUAGCAGGGCAUUGUCAUACCGUGCAAAAGUAAGUCACUAUAACAUGCUUAAGUUAAUGAUAAUGACAUUUGAUUUAUAAAA